AUGAUAAGUGGAAUUGUUUUAGCUUUGGCUUUCUCUCCAAUGGUUAAGGCCAUUGAUUUUUUCGGUACUACCAGUAAAUUCACUGCUAACGAACUUAGUGAAAUGACUCUUUUCGAAAGAUUGAAGGAACACAACUGGAGCUUGGAGUAUCUUACACUUGGUUUCACAAUUGCUUUUGUUAUCCUUUACAAGGCUGGUGAUUUCUAUAAUCAAUACUUAACCACUUCUUACUUGAAAGGAUUGAACGAUGUUUUCAAGAAGAACUUCUUUCAAUAUGGUGUUUCUCAAAAAGACUUGUACAUCAAGGAUAGCUCUGAAGAUUACUCAUCUUAUGCAACUGGUAGAAUUAAUAUUGCCAAGGUUAACAUUGAUAUCAAGUUGAAACCUAGACAUAAUAUUUUUGUUUGGAUUCUUGAGUCCGUUAUGUCUUUCUUCACCGACUCUGUUGUUUAUCCUACCGAUAAAGUUAACAUUGAAAUUACUCCUUCACCUGAUGCAAACAUUGAUAAUUUCAUCACUGCUAUUGUUUCAAAGCUUGGUAUGAAUGAUUUCAGAAAAUUCAAUUAUUUCUUAUCUUUGACAAGAACUGCCGAUUCUGCUAACAUUCCUGAAUCAUUUGUGUUCAUGAGUGAAGCCAAUGAAUUUCAAGAUAAAACUUUGACUCCAGAGUUAAAGAAAUCUUUAACUUUGCAAGCUGCUUCUUUCUUGAGAUUUAUUGCCAUUACUGAUCAACCCGUUGAAAGACCAGAAACUAUUUCCCAAUGUGCACCAAAGCAAAGAAUUCUUAUUUCCACUUCUUUAGUUAGUAAUGCUGAUCAAUUAGCUCAGUUAUCUGAAAUAUUAGCGGCUAUUUUCAACUUAGUUGACCAAUUAGCUUCUAAAAAGAUUACUUUCAAAGCUGAUGCUUUAAAGAAAAUCGUUAAGACAAGAGAAAUUGAAAUUUCUAAAAUUAAGAAGGUCUUAGAUGAAAUCAAGCAAGAAGAAUUAGCUGCUGAAAAGGCAAAGUUAAAGAGAGAGCAAAGAUCAAACUUGAGAAAUUUAUCUAGAGAAGAACAAGUCAAGCUUGAGAAGAAAGAGCUUGAAAGAAAACAAAGAAAAGCUCAAAGAAAGCAAAGAGUUAAGAUGUAA